AUGGAUCUACUGAAAUGUAUUGUACGUGCCGGUGGGCAGUAUAUUCUAGACCAAUAUAAUGAGAAAAAAUUGCUGACUGACAGGUGCCGUAUCAAGUUAGUUAAUAUAGUUGCCAAUAUCCUCUUCAACAAGUAUGGAACUGCUGUACCGAAGAGUGCUAAGAUGGAAUUCGCCAAAUCAUUAGUGGAAAUUUUCCCCACUUAUCGAAACUUGGAAAGUUCAAUUGGUGGAUAUGAAAUAUUCUUCAAUCCCUCAACCAAUGGUGGUUACUUAUCCAACCGAUUGAGAACUCUCAAUAGGAUUCAUAAGCAAGAAGGCUCCUCUUCAAAACCUUUGCAUGAAAAAAACACAAGCCAUAGUCCUGUGGGUGAUGAGACAACGACGAAUCCUGACGAUAUUGAGAAGAAAUUGAACGAUUUGAAAACAACACCAUCCAAUGAGGAAGAGAAAAUAAAAAAAACUAUAUCUUGA